GGAGACACCAACAAAUGGAACACAAAUUAACUUAAGCCUACACGAGGCUGGUGACACCUGAAAGAAGGCACAAGAGGUUGUAAACAUAAAGAGCGAAUAUGGGUGAAAAGAAGCCAGAACCUUUGGACUUUGUAAAAGAUUUUCAGGAAUAUCUUACACAGCAGACUCACCAUGUAAAUAUGAUUUCUGGAUCGGUUAGUGGAGACAAGGAAGCAGAGACUCUUCAGGGAGCUGGGACAGAAGGUGAUCAGAAUGGUCUGGAUCAUCCUUCUGUUGAAGUUUCACUGGAUGAAAACUCAGGAAUGUUAGUGGAUGGGUUUGAAAGGACGUUUGAUGGAAAGUUAAAGUGUCGAUACUGCAACUAUGCCAGCAAAGGAACAGCACGGCUCAUAGAACAUAUCAGAAUUCAUACAGGUGAGAAGCCACACAGAUGCCAUUUGUGUCCCUUUGCAUCAGCUUACGAACGUCAUCUGGAAGCUCACAUGCGAUCGCAUACUGGUGAAAAACCGUACAAAUGUGAAUUGUGUUCCUUUCGCUGCAGUGACAGAAGCAACUUAUCUCAUCACCGCAGACGCAAACAUAAAAUGGUGCCUAUCAAGGGUACCAGGUCUUCCCUAAGCAGCAAGAAAAUGUGGGGGGUUUUGCAGAAGAAGACCAGCAAUUUGGGGUACAGCAGAAGAGCAUUAAUUAAUUUGAGUCCACCUUCCAUGGUGGUUCAGAAACCAGACUACCUUAAUGAUUUCACUCAUGAAAUCCCAAAUAUCCAGACUGAAGCGUAUGAGAGCAUGACAAAACCAACCCAGAGCAGUGGGUUGCCAAGAGAUCCACAGGACCUUAUGGUAGAUAAUCCUUUAAACCAGCUCUCUACGUUAGCCGGACAGUUAUCUAGCUUGCCACCUGAAAACCAAAAUCCAGCCUCUCCUGAUGUUGUUUCCUGUCAAGACGAAAAGCCUUUCAUGAUACAGCAGCCUGCUGCACCUGCAGUAGUUUCAGCUGUGUCAGCAAAUAUUCCUCAGAGUUCAUCUCCAACCAGCCCAGAUCCUCGAUCUACACACAAUCAAAGGAACUAUAGUCCCGUGGCAGGUCCCAGCAGUGAUCGCAGUGCCCACACCAGUACUCCCAGCAUAAGUAACAGUCAACCAAGUACUCCAGCUCCAACCCUUCCGGUUCAGGACCCUCAGCUUCUGCAUCACUGCCAACACUGUGACAUGUAUUUUGCGGACAAUAUACUUUAUACUAUUCAUAUGGGAUGUCAUGGAUUUGAAAAUCCUUUUCAGUGCAACAUAUGUGGGUGUAAGUGUAAAAAUAAGUAUGACUUUGCUUGCCAUUUUGCAAGAGGCCAACAUAGUCAACAUUGACUGAGAACAUGCUUUCAUUUAGUUUUUUAACAUAUUACAGUAUAUUUUUCAUACUUGCUGAACGAAAGCUUGCACAUUCCCAUAAGGAAUCUUCACAUCAGUUGAUUUGACAAAGGAGGCAAAUUUAUUUCAAUGAUGUCAUAAAACUUGCCAGGGAAAUUUUGUAUAAGAUGUGAUUGUUAUUUUAUGUGUAGCCUUUCAAAAAAGCUGAGUGUGUGCUGUAAGAAUUGGAAUGCAUUGACAUGCUUUGGUUGCUAAAUUUAAGUUGCUUGCACUUAAUCCCAAGAAACAUUCUACAAAUG